CUAUCUUGAACACGUGGGAGAAAGUUUGAUAGUGUUUUGGGGGGUUGGCCCUUUUGGUUUAGUUAACUUUUUAUUUAUUUUCAUUUUUUUUAAAGUUCUUUUAUAUUUUAUUUCAUUCAAGUGCUUUUGUUUUGCAUUAUGAGUGUCAAUAGACAGCUUUAUAUCACUAAUUUACCUUCUGGAACUAAUGAGGAAAUGCUCCAUAAUAUUUUCUGCCAACAAACGGGCGUUUCGCCUCAAAACAUAACCCUUCGGUACAAUUAUGCUUUAGUUGAUUUACCGGAUAAUUUACACCCAGAAAGAGCCAUUGAAGUGCUGAAUGGUUACGAAGUUAUGGGCUCCCAGUUAUUGGUGGAACCAUCACUUAAUCAAAAUAGAAGAAACAGAGGCAGCGUCAUCCAGAUAAACAAUAUUCCUGAUCACUAUCCUUGGGAUGAGUUUACUCGUUUUUUAUCUAAUUUUGGAAACUUCCAGCACUGCGAGAAAGGUGCUUCAAAACAGAACGUCUACAAUGCAGUAGCUACAUAUGAGACCCAAGCAGAAGCUCAACAGGCGCUGUUGCAACUCAAUAAUUACGAGAUCCAACCAGGCUCUUUUCUGAAGGUGGAGCACAUCAUGGAAUUGGGCAGAGGUAGAGGUGGCCGAGGGUCUCGGACAGGCCCCCCUCGGCCUUUUAGUAGUCCUGGACUCUACAGAUCAAAUGACUUUCCAUUAAGGAUAUUGGUUCUGAGUGACAUGGUGGGUGCCAUUAUUGGAAGGGCUGGAGGUACCAUCCGCCAGAUCACACAACAAUCCAGAGCCAGGGUGGAUGUUCAUCGUAAAGAAAAUGCUGGAUCUCCUGAAAAAGUCAUUACAAUAUAUGGAUCACCAGAAAAUUGUUCUGCUGCCUGCCAAAAGAUAAUGGAAAUAAUGCAGCAGGAAGCAAAUGCAACCAAUCGAGGGGAACUGCCUUUGAAAAUCCUGGCUCACAAUAGUUUAAUAGGGCGAAUCAUUGGCAAGAAUGGCUCCACCAUAAAACGUAUCAUGGAGCAGAGCGACACCAAGAUUGCAGUCUCCAGUAAUAUUCAUGAUUUUAGCAGUUGGAACCUGGAGCGUAUCAUUACAGUCAAAGGUAAACUAGAAAACUUGAGCAAAGCAGAGAAAAUGAUCAGUGCAAAACUACGGCAGAGUUACGAGAAUGACCUGGCUGCUGUAGCAUCGCAGACAUACAUGUACCCAGGCAUGCAUCCCAUGGCGCUCCAACCAUCGUUGCCUAGUCCAACUCCUUCCCCACCUUAUGGCAUGUAUGGCGUUCCGCCUCCACCUGUGGACCUGAACAAAGAGACAGUCUACAUAUAUAUACCUAGUUCUGCAGUAGGAGCCAUCAUUGGUACUGGCGGAAGUAAUAUUAGAGAGAUGAUCAGCUGCUCGGGUGCAAGUAUUAAGGUUAUUCAACCGCAGCAGCAGCCGCAACAACAACAACAACAGCAGGGAAUGAAGGACCCUGCUGAUAAACUAGCUGAGAGAAAAGUGUGUGUAAUUGGAACACCUGAAUCUCAGUGGAAAGCUCAGUUCAUGAUCUUUAAGAAGGUAGGAUUUGAAGGUUUCCGUGGCCCCCAGGAUGCAACCUUGAAAGUUGAAAUUUUCGUUCCCACAAAUCAGGUUGGGAGAAUUAUUGGAAAAGGAGGCUCGACAGUACGUGAACUGCAAAGGAUGACGCAUGCUCUCAUAAAGUUUCCAGAAAAUGGACAAAAUACUGAAACGGAUGAAACUGCCGUCCAUAUUGUUGGUGACUUCUUCUGUGCAAUGGCUGCCCAACGUCAAAUCCGCUCUCUGGCCUUCAAGAGCAAUGGCUUCCUUCAGCAACAGCAGAGGAGGAGAUUGUCUCAACCAUUGGUACAGAACUGAAUCUGGACUCGAGCGAUUUGCGAACAAAACGAACGGAUGGCCAAUUUUAGUUAGUACAAACUAUUUAUAUGACCACGCCGUUACAUUUUUGUAAAGAAAAAUAUAUUUAUGAAAAGUUUAUUUUUGAUAUGUGUUGGAGAAACCUUUUUUCUUUUUUGUUAAAUUUUAAAGAUAUUUUCCAUGUUGUGCCGAAAGUGGACGUUUCUCCUUCAGCUCUGGAACAGACAAUUUCGUUAUUGUAAUUUUUUCUCCUUUCCGCAGUUCCUUGUGGAACUGAAAUCUAGUCCUGGAAAACAUGGAAUCUGUUUUAUUUAAUAGAUUACAUGUGCUAGUCGCCGAUAUUCCGUUCAAUUAAUUGUUAAUUAUCCUGUUGAUAAACUUAUAUUUAAUUUUUAUUCUGUAAAAUGGAAGAUGAGUAAUCUGUGCAAUUUAUUUUAAUUUUCUUCAAUAAUUUUGAAUGUAUAUUAAUGUUAAUGUCUGAAAUUUACAUUUACUGUUAAUCUUUUGCCUUCCAAUUUGGGAUAUGAAAUUCUAGAGUUUUUUAUUUAAAAGUAAAACUGUUUUCUUCAGACUUUGUUAUGAAGUACAAAUGACUGCAUUUGCAAAUAAAGUAUUUUUGCAAAACUGCCAUGUAACUAA